AUGCCGAUAUGCAGGAAUAAAGAGGAUGUGUUUCGAUUACCCUUCCUUAAAAACCCUUGUUUUUUGCAUAAGGGGAAAACAAUAACGAGUUCACACCUGAUGGAGGCUGGUCUGUUGUGGAUCAGAGAUAUAAUGAAUGAUGACUUUAGCGUCAAACUAGAUUUUAUUUUUGGUGUGCUAAAAAACAAAAAUAUUAAUUUCAGAAAAUGCAGCAUAAGGUCAAUUACGGAAAAAAUAAAAAAUACAGUAACUCUGUUUUGGGAAAGAAUAAUGCAGACAAAAGACAUCUCGAUGCAGAACGAUGACUUGAAUUUCCUCCUGUGCCAAAACAAUAACCCGGUCCCAGUGCAAGAGAUUAAAACAAAAGCAUGGUACAAACUCCUCAUAGCCGAAAUCAAAAGAACUCCAACUACCGAAAAGAUCUGGGCUCAAAUCUUUCCGGGUUUUAACACCAAAUCAAUAUGGACCAGUGGGGGAGGUCUCUUCACUCCCCCAACGCUACAACAUCUAGAUUUCAAAAUUAAGCACAGGAGGAUUUUCACAGGCAUCGUUCUGCAUCAAAUCAACAAGGGAAAAUACGAAAGAAAAUGUAAAAAAUGCAAUGAACAGGAUGAAGAUUUGGAGCACCUCUUCUUGGAUUGUAGUCUUGUAAGAGCCUUCUACUCCACAAUACGGCGGACAAUACAGAGCGCCUGCAAUUUCCACUGUGGAAGUGACACGGAAUGGACUUUGCUUUUUUUAUUCGGACUAAAAAAGAAUUCUGCACAUCAGCAUACUCACAUCAUCAACACCAUCCUCAGCUACACAAGAUUUUCAGUCUGGACUGUCAGGAACUAUGCUUUAUACGAAAACCGGACUCUGUCACUGCUUCCUUUUUUCAAAACCCUAUUUCUGAACCAUCUGAAAAACUGCUUCUUCGCCAUCCCGGACACUUUCAAUCAGCUUUUGAACACUGGACACACUCUUUUUACAGUACAUCAAAACAAUAUCACACUUAAUUUAUGA